AGUUAACGUUUUAGACGAGGUAUUACACGGGGUCUAAAACGCAAGACAGUUAACAGUUGUAAAAAAACGGUCAGAGAGCAUCACUAUUCGACAAAUGUUUUGACGUUACGUCACAACUGUCAAGUUAAUGCGGCAAAAUGUUUUGUAUGGGAAUAAUCAGCUGAUCAAUAACGGGUUUAUAUGCGUCCUCGUUUAAGUUAAAAUAAUUAUAAUUUGUCAUGCGUUAUGCAUCAAAAAAGAAGAUUUUUUAUUUAGUGUUUUUCACUGUCGUGUUAAUUUUAUUAUUUCAACCUGGUAUAAAAACACGACGCGCAUUCGAAAUUAUAGAAAGACAGCAUAUCAUUAGGUCACUGCACGAAGAAAUCACUGAAAAUUACACUAGUACUGCAAUAGUGGACUGUGAUUACCGUGAUGUAAUAUACGACGAUACAACAUUGCCUGCCACGAUAACAGACGGCGAUUUGAGCGAUGGAUACAGGAUAAACGAAGGCGGAGAAUAUGCUCCUCCGUAUUGUAAAGCGCUAUUCAGUUCAGCGAUCAUCGUACCUUAUCGGGACAGAGCAGAACAGUUGCGAAGUUUUUUGGUGUACAUGCAUUCGUUCUUGCGUCGCCAAAAUGUCCACUAUCGCAUAUAUGUUGUUGAGCAGCUGGAUUCCCAACCAUUCAACAGGGCUAAGUUGAUUAAUAUUGGUGCUAUAGCUGCCAUGAACGCUGGAUAUCCAUGUCUCAUUCUACAUGACGUUGAUCAAUUGCCAUUAGAGCCUGCUAAUAUUUACGCAUGCACUAAAUACCCUAGACAUAUGUCAGGCAGCUAUACUAAAUUUAGAUUUAUUUUACCAUAUUUAAACCUAGGACCUAUAGCUAUAAUGGCUAAACAAUUUAAAAUUAUAAAUGGAAUGAGCAAUAAAUAUUACAAUGUGAUUGCUGAAGAUGAUGACUUAUUUGCUCGAAUUGAAUCACUGAUGUUGAAGAUAUGUCAAUUUGAAAAUCAAAUUAGUGAAUACCACAAGAUACCAAAUGGACACCAGGGAAGUUGGUAUAAUAAGAAUCAAAAACCCUUUACAAUAAAAGGAAUGAUUGAAGAUGGAUUGAACUCUUUACAAUACACAGAAGUUGCAACUGUACUCCAUCCAUUAUUUACUCAUAUCAUGGUUGACUUAUAGCAUAUCAUAGUUUACUACACAUAAAUAUAUAUUAGUUAAUAUUAUAUCAUAAAUGCGUAGUAUCAAAGUACCUGCCAUUUACAUAUAGUAGAUUUAAAAAAUUAUGAUUCUGUUAAUAUAAUACAUACUUAAUAUAUAAUGUAAAAUAAACCAAGCAGCCUUAAUAUGUUCCUGAAAUAUUGUAAAACAAUGAUUACCAAAUUUUUGAUUGCUUUAGGCUUUAUUACAAAUCGGAAGAAAUAUAAAUUGAUUAAUAUUUCUUGCUAAAUUGCAGAAACUUUUUGUGGUGAUAGACUUGAGAUGUGUGCAAUUGCAAAUAUUAAAGUUUAGAUUUUCAAAUAAACACUACACAAGAAAUAUAACAAUAUGACAAUAAAACACAGUAAAUAAUAAUUCAGAAAUAUUGACUAUGAGGUCUGAAAUAUUUAUUAUAGUGACUGCAGCUUUUUAUUUUAUUUAUUAAUGAAAAAUGUUAACAUUUAAAUUUAGUGUAGUAACAUAGUGCCAUUUAAGUGGUUUUUCCUUUAACACUUAUUAGACUUAGAAAUGAUCCGUCCCUUUUUUUCGGCUGGGAUAUGUUAUAGAAUUGUAAAAGUUAAAUAGUUCCUUGUUGUAAAACAUAGAUUAUGUUCAAAGUUUAUAAAUUGUUAAUCUUUGUUCAUUGCCAAGGAAUUGAUGAAAUAAAUUAUUGAUUUAAAAACGUUUCUUAUCACCACCCUGCCCUUUUCCUUACAGUGGGAUUGUAGAUUAUAUAAUUUAUGUUAACAUUCUGAAAAACUAAGCUUGACCUAUAAUGUUUUUGGUACAAGCCGGUGCGCACAAUUUCAUCCGCGAAUUAAAAAAAACACAGUAAGCAGCAUAGCUGUUACUUUCAAGAUACUUUAAGCUGUUUUGAAAAUUGGUGGUAACCACCAUCGUAACUUUCGUAUUUAACAACACCAAACUUUCGUAUUUAUAUUAUUAGUUGAUGUAACUCUAAUAAUUUAUCUAUCCUAAAGCUCUAUCCUUCGGCCGCGUCUUCACUUAAGUUAGGUGGAGUCGUGGUCAAGCGCUGGUUUAUUUAUGUUUAAA